AUGGCCAAAAGCGCGUUCAAGAUGGAGCACCCUCUCGAAAGGAGACAAGCAGAAGCUGCUCGCAUAAGAGAGAAGUAUCCUGACAGAAUUCCAGUGGUCGUGGAAAGGGCUGAGAAGAGUGACGUGCCUGAAAUUGACAAGAAAAAAUACCUGGUGCCUGCUGAUCUGACUGUUGGCCAGUUCGUGUAUGUGGUUCGGAAAAGGAUCAAGCUCGGUCCUGAGAAGGCUAUUUUCAUUUUUGUUAAGAAUAUUUUACCACCCACAGCGGCUAUGCUGUCUGCAAUUUACGAGGAAAAUAAGGAUGAAGACGGUUUCCUUUACAUGACCUACAGCGGGGAGAACACAUUUGGGACAUUCUGA